GUGGUGGUGAGUGGCCAUUUUUCAUCUGUGUGGCAGGGCUGCCUGAACAAGGCUACCGUGGCAGUGAAGGUGUUCCCUGCUGCACACCGACGCUCCUUCAUAAAGGAGAGGGAGGUGUUUGGACUGCCUCUCAUGGAACAUCCCGGGCUGGUGUACUUCCUGGGGGCUGGGAUGGAACCUACAGGAGGACACUGGGUCCUUCUGCUGGAGUUGGCUAAAUAUGGCCCUUUGAAAACAUUCCUGUCCUCAUACAGCAUUGACUGGCUGUCGUCUUUGAAAAUGGCACAGACAUUAUCUCAAGGAUUGGCUUUUCUUCACACUGACAUGUACAGGAAUGAGCUGCACAAACCAGCUAUCACACAUGGCGACCUCAGCAGCAGCAACGUGCUGGUGCGGGUGGAUGGCACAUGCACUCUCUGUAACUUCGGGUGCGCAACAGUCUUGCGAACUUGUUCAGGACAGCCGAGGUUGCAGAAGCAGAGAGAAAGUCCCCAGUUGAGAAGCCAGGUGGGAACACUAUGCUACACAUCCCCAGAGAUCCUGGAGGGCUGCGUGAACCUGAACAAUGACCUGUGGCUGAUCCAGGGGGAUGUGUAUGCACUGGGUCUGCUGCUGUGGGAGCUAUGGUCACGCUGCUCUGACCUCUAUGCAGAAUCACCAGUUCCAGAGCACCAGCUGCCUUAUGAAGCAGAGCUGGGCCCCAGUCCAUCACUGGAUGAUCUCAUCCUGUUUGUAUCUCAGAGGAGAGAGCGUCCCACUUUACCCAUACCAUGGAGACAAUUCACACAGGCAUUCUCUGCCAUGAAUGACAUUCUAGAAGAUUGCUGGGACCAUGAACCGGAAGCCCGUUUGACAGCCCAGUGUGCUGCCAACAGGUUGGCAGCGCUUCCAGAAUGCUACGGCUGA